GUCCAGGAAAACGAUGGCUACUAAUAAAGGAAUGGCCAUCGGCAUCGACCUGGGCACCACCUACUCGUGCGUGGGCGUGUUCCAGCACGGCAAGGUGGAGAUCAUCGCCAACGACCAGGGCAACCGCACGACCCCCAGCUACGUGGCCUUCACGGACACCGAGCGGCUCAUCGGGGACGCCGCCAAGAACCAGGUGGCCAUGAACCCGCAGAACACUGUUUUUGACGCCAAACGUCUGAUCGGCAGGAAGUUUAAUGACCCUGUGGUGCAGGCCGACAUGAAGCUUUGGCCGUUUCAAGUGAUCAACGAAGCCGGCAAGCCCAAGGUGCUGGUGUCCUACAAGGGCGAGAGCCGGGCCUUCUACCCCGAGGAGAUCUCGUCCAUGGUGCUGACCAAGAUGAAGGAGACUGCAGAGGCCUUUCUGGGCCACAAUGUCACCAACGCGGUGAUCACGGUGCCCGCCUACUUCAACGACUCGCAGCGCCAGGCCACCAAGGACGCGGGCGUGAUCGCGGGCCUGAACGUGCUGCGGAUCAUCAAUGAGCCCACGGCGGCCGCCAUCGCCUAUGGCUUAGAUAAAGCAGGUCACGGGGAGCGCCACGUGCUCAUCUUCGACCUGGGGGGCGGCACGUUCGACGUGUCCAUCCUGACGAUCGACGAAGGCAUCUUCGAGGUGAAGGCCACGGCGGGCGACACGCACCUGGGCGGGGAGGACUUCGACAACCGGCUGGUGAGCCACUUCGUGGAGGAGUUCAAGCGCAAGCACAAGAAGGACAUCAGCCAGAACAAGCGCGCGGUGCGGCGGCUGCGCACGGCGUGCGAGCGCGCCAAGCGGACGCUGUCGUCCAGCACGCAGGCCAACCUGGAGAUCGACUCCCUGUUCGAGGGCAUCGACUUCUACACGUCCAUCACGCGCGCGCGCUUCGAGGAGCUGUGCUCGGACCUGUUCCGCGGCACGCUGGAGCCCGUGGAGAAGGCGCUGCGGGACGCCAAGCUGGACAAGGCGCAGGUCCACGACCUGGUGCUGGUGGGCGGCUCCACCCGCAUCCCCAAGGUGCAGAAGCUGCUGCAGGACUUCUUCAACGGGCGCGACCUGAACAAGAGCAUCAACCCCGACGAGGCGGUGGCCUACGGGGCGGCGGUGCAGGCGGCCAUCCUGAUGGGGGACAAGUCGGAGAACGUGCAGGACCUGCUGCUGCUGGACGUGGCGCCGCUGUCGCUGGGGCUGGAGACGGCGGGCGGCGUGAUGACCGCGCUCAUCAAGCGCAACUCCACCAUCCCCACCAAGCAGACCCAGAUCUUCACCACCUACUCGGACAACCAGCCCGGCGUGCUGAUCCAGGUGUACGAGGGCGAGCGGGCCAUGACGCGCGACAACAACCUGCUGGGCCGCUUCGAGCUCAGCGGCAUCCCGCCGGCGCCCCGGGGCGUGCCGCAGAUCGAGGUGACCUUCGACAUCGACGCCAACGGCAUCCUCAACGUCACGGCCACCGACAAGAGCACGGGCAAGGCCAACAAGAUCACCAUCACCAACGACAAGGGCCGCCUGAGCAAGGAGGAGAUCGAGCGCAUGGUGCAGGAGGCCGAGCGCUACAAGGCCGAGGACGAGGGCCAGCGGGAGAAGAUCGCCGCCAAGAACGCGCUCGAGUCCUACGCCUUCAACAUGAAGAGUGCAGUGAGUGACGAGGGCCUCAAGGACAAGAUCAGCGAGGCCGACAAGAAGAAGAUAGUGGACAAGUGCCAGGAGGUCCUUUCCUGGCUGGAGGCCAACCAGCUGGCUGAGAAAGAUGAGUUUGAUCAUAAGAGAAAAGAACUGGAAAGCAUGUGUAACCCCAUCAUCACAAAACUCUAUCAGGCAGGAUGCACCGGGCCCGCCUGUGCCCCGGGCUACACGCCCAACAGGGCCGCCACAGGCCCGACCAUUGAGGAAGUAGAUUAGCGUUUUUUUCUGGAAGUACAGGGUGCUAGGGUGCCUCUAGGUGAAUUUUAUUCAUCUUCAAACAUCAUUAUGAUUCUUGAACUGACUGGACUUAAACCUUAGUCACCGUCCUUUGGGAUUCCAACGGGGAAGUCUUAGAUUCCAUCUUUUUGUGCCCCCACCUCUCACCUAUAAUCCUGAAAUGGUCCUUCAGGAAAGCCAGGCCCCUCUUUGAGCCAUUUGAAGAAUCUGGCUUCUGUUAUUUAUUAGCCACACCCCACCGCUUCCUUCCUGUGGGGGAUGGUUAUUUGCCUUUCAGUAA